AUGCAGCAUCUACUUCUGGCUCUAUCCCUUGCGGGACUGAGCAGUGCCCACGGGGUCGAGAAGCGUGAUGGAUACCAAAAGAGAGCCAUACCAAUGUGGAUUCAGGCAGUAAAUGAUGACAUGGCACGAUCCACCAUCCUUGCCCUUGGUUGUGCCGCCGCUGCCUUCUACGUCUGGUCACUCGCCUUCCGAUUCUCUAACCACCAGCGACGACUAGCCAGCUUCACCGACGAUAAGCAGCGAUACUUUGUGCCAGCACACCACAGGUUUUGCUGGUUUAAAGAGCAUUUAAUCUAUGCUCCUCUAUUUCGCAUACGUCACAAUCAGGAAUUUCAGCUCUCCUCAGCCAUUAAUAUGGGUAACCUCCCCAGUCGCUUUCAUGGACUCCUAAUCGCUGGUGUUAUCGCUAUGAACGUUGCCCUGUGUACCGUGGCCACUCCCUAUGGAUCGAAUGAGGUGACUCUUUCGGGUAUUGUGCGUAGCCGUACUGGCACAAUGUCUACCAUCAACCUGAUCCCGCUGGUCCUAAUGGCUGGCCGAAACAACCCUCUUAUUGCCAUUCUUAAUGUUCCCUUCGACACUUGGAACUUGCUUCAUCGCUGGCUGGGCCGCAUCGUGGUGCUCGAGGCUCUUGCACACACAUUUGCCUGGUGCAUCCCCAAAGCUCAGGAAGCCAGUUGGGAUGUCGUCGGAAUUUCCAUUUUUUCGAACAGCUUCUUUAUUGCUGGGCUUGUUGCUACAUGUGGAUUCACAGCUCUGAUGCUGCACUCGCCGUCUAUAAUUCGGCAUGCUUUCUAUGAGAUAUUCGUCCAUUUUCACCUUGCCAUCACAGCGGUCUCUUUUGGUUUUCUUUGGGUGCAUCUCGACGGCUUUAUUGACCAGGCUUACCUACUUGUCGCUAUCAUUCUCUGGGCCCUAGAGCGAGCAACCCGCCUGUUCAUCAUCGUGUACCGCAACAUUGGCCGCGAGUCCACCACCGCCACUGUUGAGGCGAUGCCCGGUGAUGCGAUACGCAUUAUCCUUCGCGUAGCUCGGCCGUGGACGUUCAAGCCCGGUCAACACAUCUAUCUAUAUAUCCCGGCUGUUGAGUGCUGGACCUCCCACCCCUUCUCUGUCGGUUGGAGCGAAGCUGAGGAGACUAUUUCGAACGAGAAGUCGCUCCCGAACACAACACAAGACCUCCUUGGCGCCCCUAAAAAGACCACCCUCUCUCUGCUUGUCCGCCGCCGCACGGGCAUGACCAACAAACUAUUCCAGCGCGCCGCGAACUCUCUCUCCUCCCGUGUGACCCUGCGUGCCUUCGUCGAAGGACCCUAUGGCAACAUCCACUCCAUGGACUCCUAUGGCACUGUUAUGCUCUUCGCCGGCGGUGUUGGUAUCACACAUCACGUCCCCUUCGUGCGGCACCUAGUCGCUGGUUUCGCUGAGGGAACAGUGGCAAUCCGCCGCCUAACCCUCGUCUGGAUCAUUCAGUCUCCCGAGCACCUUAAGUGGAUCCGCCCCUGGAUGACCAGCAUCUUGGCUAUGGACCGCCGACGCGAAGUCCUCCGCAUCAUGCUCUUCGUAACUCGACCACGCAAGACAAAGGAGAUACAGAGCCGCUCAGCAACGGUGCAAAUAUUCCCUGGUCGGCCAAAUAUCGACGUUCUCGUCGGUAUAGAGGUCGAAAACCAGAUCGGCGCUAUGGGCGUGUUGGUAUGCGGCAACGGUAGCUUGAGCGACGAUGUGCGCAAGGUCUGCCGGAAGAGACAGGCCCGGUCGAAUAUUGACUACAUCGAGGAGAGUUUCUCCUGGUAG